AUGGCCCUACUGGCUUGCAUUCUAGUGGCGGCCUUUUUAGUUUGGUUCUUAUUUACCUGUUUCAGGCCUAGAAAUUAUCCGCCAGGUCCAGCAUUUGCACCCAUUGUAGGUAAUCUAAUCUACUACAAAAAUAGACAUAAAGUUUUGGGAUACCAUCACGAAGUUUGGCUGGAAUUGGCCAAAAACUACGGACCGGUUGUAGGUUUGAAAUUGGGAAGAAAUUUGAUUGUAUCAGUGGCUGGUCCGGAAGCUGUUAAAGAAGUUUUAUCCAGAGAAGAUUUCGAUGGUAGGCCUGAUGGGUUUUUCUUUAGAUUGAGGACUUUUGGUAAAAGACUGGGUAUAAUCUUCAGUGAUGGUCAAUUAUGGAAAAAACAACGCAAAUUCUCUUUGCAACAUUUGAGAAAUUUUGGAUUUGGACGCAAAGAAAUGGAAGAAAAAGUCACCGAAGAAUGUCGGGCUUUGGUUGAGAAUUUAAGCCAGAAAUGUAAUGAUGAAAUUUUUAUGCAUAAUGCUUUUGAUGUUGCUGUACUUAAUGCUUUAUGGGCAAUGCUUGCAGGUCAAAGAUUUGAAGUUGAAGACGCAAGAUUGAAGAAACUGUUGCAAAUUAUUCACGAUUGCUUCAGAAUUGUUGAUAUGUCUGGAGGUUUGAUCAAUCAACUACCGUUUUUACGUUACAUUGCCCCCUCUGCUAGUGGUUAUAAUCAAAUAUUAGAUGUUCUCACUAGAAUGUGGACCUUUUUACAAGAAACCAUUGAUGAACAUAGACGGACACUUACACCCUCACAACCAAGGGAUUUAAUUGAUGCUUUUCUUCAUUCAAUGUCUAUUAAUAUUGACGAAUCAUUUACAGAUGAUCAACUUGUCUCAUUAUGUCUCGAUUUAUUCAUGGCUGGAGCAGAAACAACUAGUAAUAGUUUAGGAUUUUCAAUGCUAUACAUGGUUUUGUAUCCUGAUAUACAAAGCAAAGUCCAAAAGGAGUUGGAUGAAGUUAUUGGUAGAGAUAGAUGGCCAAAUUUGAGAGAUAGAGCAAACUUGAAAUAUACUCAAGCAGUUCUUUUGGAACUACAACGAAGAUCCAAUUUGGCUCCAAUGGGUAUUGCCCAUAGGGCUGUAAAACGUACCAAACUAAUGGGGUACGAUAUACCAGAGGAUACUACGAUUUUGACUAAUUUGUAUAGUGUGCAUAUGGACAGGGGGAUUUGGAAGAAUCCUCAAGAUUUUAGGCCCGAAAGGUUUCUGGAUGAAAAUGGGAAGAUUACAGUAGAUGAGGACAAUUAUUUGCCAUUUGGAUACGGUAAACGUCGUUGUUUGGGCGAAGCCCUAGGCAAAACUGACAUGUUUCUGUUUUUCACCUCAAUCAUGCACAACUUUAUAUUGGAACCUAUAAAAGAAUGCCCCCCUGACGUUUACCCAUAUGACGGAGUCACCCUGGCACCCAAACCCUUCAAAGUCAAGUUAAUAAAACGAAUUUAA